CACAAGUCGUCUGUGUUUUCUUUCUCAUUGUCUGAUAAUCAUUGUUGCUAACUGGUCGUCUUUUUGACCUCUGACGUCUGAUAAAGUGAGUACCAAACGACGUCACAACAUUGUGGGAUUCUGUCACGCGUAUAUCUUCUCCUUCCGUCGUUUGCUCAUCGCUAUUCCUGCUACCGUCAACUCAUCACCCACCGUCCUCCCCUCCUCCUUCUAUCGUUAGUUUGUCGUCGUCGUCGUUGCUGACAUCAACAUGGGCAAACAAAACAGCAAGCUGAAGCCUGAGGUGCUGGAAGAUCUCCGCCAUCAGACACAGUUCAGCGAGGAAGAGCUGCAGGAAUGGUACAAAGGCUUCCUCAAGGACUGCCCCAGCGGUCAUCUGUCUGUUGAGGAGUUCAAAAAGAUCUACGGAAACUUCUUCCCCUAUGGCGACGCCUCGCGCUUCGCGGAGCACGUGUUCCGCACGUUCGACACCAACGGAGACGGCUCCAUCGACUUCCGUGAAUUCAUCUGUGCGCUCAGCGUGACCUCCAGAGGUCAACUGGAGCAGAAGCUGCGCUGGGCCUUUAGCAUGUAUGACCUGGACGGGAACGGGUAUAUCUCUCGUCAGGAAAUGUUGGAGAUUGUCACGG